CUCAUCAAAAUUAUCUCUCUUUUGUUUCCUCUUUCUUCUUCUUCUCUGCGUCUUCGAGGGAAGAAAAAAAGAAAGAUGAAAGCACCCAACAUGGAGACGAUAACAGAGUCUCUGGAGAAAUCGAUGCAGAAUUGUUCUCUGAAUGAUCGGAGAAGAAGGGUCGUCGGAGAUGGGUUUGGGAGAUCGUCGAGCAACGAACAUACUCCGAUCUCAGAUAGAACAUUGGAGCUCAAUUCUCACUUAUCUCUUCCUUGUCACUGGGAACAGUGUCUUGAUCUUAAGACAGGAGAGAUUUACUACAUAAACUGGAAAAAUGGAAUGAGAGUGAAAGAGGAUCCAAGGAAAGUGAUGAAUGCAGAUCCUGACAGUGGAGACUCAUAUGGAACCGUGUGUUCAGAAGAAGAUAGCUCAUAUUACGACAGCGAAGAGUCUUCAGCAGAGUCAUCCCCAUCAUCAAGAGAGAAUCAUAAAGAGGAAGAGGAAGAGGAAGAAGAAGAAGAUGUGCUAGUGGUUGCUGGAUGCAAAGCUUGUUUCAUGUACUUCAUGGUUCCUAAGCUUGUCGAGGACUGUCCCAAAUGUGCAGCACAGCUUCUUCACUUUGAUCGACCUCAUUCUGCAUCUUCUUGAAACCCUUGUCUUUGUUUGGAUUUUCCCUUUAUUCAGAUGAUAAUUUGUUUAGGUUUCCACUUUUCUUUCUUUAAUCUCAUAUUGUUGUAACUUAGUGGUUUCUCUUGUGAGUGGCAUUAACACGAGUUUCAAUGGCAAUGUUUCAGACAGGUAAAAUGUUAAAAUGAGUCUGAAAUUUUCUUGCUUUA